GAUUGGCCCGGGAGCCCGUCAGUUACCGCCGAGCUCAGUUAAGUUUUUACUGUUAGACUGCGCGAGGAGUGAGAGACGAGCGACCGGAGCCGCGCCCUCUCAUCCUGCUUGAAGCCAAUGGACGUUGUAUGGGCCAGAGGCAGGGAUGGUGGGCUAUGACCCCAAAGCAGACGACAGGAAUAUCUCCAAUCUUGAGGUGGCCGUGGCUGGGUCUGUGUCCGGACUUGUCACUCGGGUGCUGAUCAGCCCCUUGGAUGUCAUCAAAAUCCGCUUCCAGCUUCAGAUUGAGCGCCUGUCUCGCAGUGACCCCAAUGCAAAGUACCACGGAAUCCUACAGGCCGGGAGACAGAUUUUGCAAGAGGAGGGCCCAACAGCCUUCUGGAAAGGGCACAUCCCAGCCCAGCUUCUCUCGAUAGGCUAUGGAGCUGUCCAAUUUUUGUCGUUUGAAGUGCUGACCGAGCUGGUGCACAGUGCCAGCGUGCGCGAUGCCCGUGACUUCUCCGUGCACUUCCUGUGCGGCGGCCUGUCCGCCUGCGUGGCCACCCUCACUGUGCACCCCGUGGACGUGCUGCGCACCCGCUUUGCGGCUCAGGGUGAGCCCAGGGUCUAUAAAACCCUGCGAGAUGCUGUGGUGACCAUGUACAGGAGCGAAGGCCCCUUGGUCUUCUACAAAGGCUUGAACCCCACCUUGAUCGCCAUCUUCCCCUACGCGGGGUUCCAGUUCUCCAUCUACAGCUCCUUGAAGCGUGCCUACGAGUGGGCCUUGCCAGCUGAAGGCAAGAAAAACGGGAACUUCAAAAACCUGCUUUGUGGCAGCGGAGCUGGCGUCAUCAGCAAGACCCUCACGUACCCGCUAGACCUCUUUAAGAAACGGCUGCAGGUCGGAGGGUUUGAGCAGGCCCGAGCCUCCUUUGGCCAGGUGCGAAGCUACAAGGGCCUCCUGGACUGCGCCGGGCAGGUGCUGCGAGAGGAGGGGGCACAGGGCUGCUUCAAAGGCCUGUCCCCCAGCCUGCUGAAGGCUGCCCUCUCCACCGGCUUGGUGUUCUUCUGGUACGAGCUCUUCUGUAACUUAUUCCAUCACAUGAGGAAGGCAGACAGCUAGCCGCGAGGGCAGGAAGGGUGGCCUGACGUCUUCCCCUCCUGGAAGAAGACUCAAUCAACAGUCUCCUGUUGCACAGAGAGGCGCUGCCUGGUCCUUCCCUCCAGACCAGCUGUCCCAGGCACGAGGAGCCGUCGGGAUUCCACCGGAAGGGCACCGGGGUUCUCCAGGGGAGAGCGUCGGGAGGCCCGUCAGGAGGAGCGGGGUGCUCAUCUGUCUGGUGGACACUCGGGGCAGCAGGUGCCCUCCUGCUGAGCCCAGCUGCCCAGAGAGCCCUCCUGACUCUGGGCGGGCCCGCAGGGUGAGCGUGAGGCUGGGACUGGGCCCCUUACAGGGUCCCCACGCUUACUGCCACCACCUAUUUAAUGGACAUUAAAGCUGAAAGCAGUCUUUCCCCUCCACCGUCCCUUCCAAAUCACAUCCCUCCUCCCAAAGCUGGAGGAAGGGAGUCCUGCCUUCCCUGCAUUCUGUUUCACUCAGCUGCUGUGUCCCUCAGGCAGCUCUGCUGCUUGUUCUAAGCGAAGAAUCCAGCUGAAUUGGUCUCUCUAUAUAAAAACUCCACCAUACUCAGAUCUCCGUGUCUAUAAAGGCACCACUCAGGCUGUUCUCUCCGUGGGCGGGACUGGUCCCAGCCCCUGGGCCUCUAGGGAAAGCUGAUCCCAGCGGCACCACCGGCAGUGGGGGUGUGCCGACGGGGCGGGGGUGUGGGUAAAGGCAGCAGCCCUCUGCCUCAGUCUCGCAGGAUCACUCCUCUUUCGCUGGACCCUGGGUUAGCCCUCCUGAGUGGGUAGGAGCUUACAGCUGGGCCAGUGGACAUCAGCUGCCCUCUCAUGAGCGCCUGGGUCCAGCAUGGCACUGGGUGCAUCCUCUGCAAUCCCCGCAGGAAGGGGUUGAGCAGGCUGCCUGCUGCGGACACACUUGGUGCCCCGGCAGUUGCCAGGCACAGGAGCCCACGUCUAGACACAGCCAGGGGUACGAAAGGAGAAGAGAAUCACAGAAUAACCACCUGCUGGGGAGCAUGGCCCUAGAGGUUGGCUGUGCAGGGAGAGCCCCACGCAGGGGCUGCUCCCCUGACCUCACAUCGACUCUGGCUCCAGCCUUUGCACUGACGGCUGAGGAAGGCAGGAGCUAGGAGCAGCCGUGGUGGGCGUCAAGGCUCUCCCGGGGUCCUGGGCCCCUUCUCAACAUUACUGUGUCCUCUCUGGUCUGGUACCUGGAAUCCUGGAGCCUCCCUGCCCUUGGUUGCUGACUAUGAAGGUCCACAGGUGGCUGGAGGGUGUCUGGCAGUCAAGGCUUGCGGCUGCCCAAGGGGGCCGCUGUCCGAAUGUAUUUUUUUGAUAUCCAUGGAAGUAAACUUUAUUCUCUUCA